UGACAAAAUGGAACCCACCCAGCAGUGUGAGGAGACCUGAAAGUGGCACAUGGCAGAGUGUGGCGAUGGAGACAGCAGCAAUGGGAGGCUGUACAGGGACCCAUGACACACUCUGGACCUGGAAGCAGCAUGAGGAGGCGGUACAGGGGCCCAUGACAGAUUACGGGCCUGGCAGCAGCAUGAGGAGUCGGUACGGGAGCCCAGCACCCUAUCACAAAAUGGAACCCACCAACAGUGUAAGGAGACCUGAAAGUGGCACAUGGCAGAGUCUGGCGAUGAAGUCAGCAGCAAUGGGAGGCCGUACAGGGACCCAUGACACACUCUGGACCUGGCAGCAGCAA